AUGGUUUGUGCGAUAGGUUAUAUUAACGGUUUUUCUCUUCAUCAACGCUCCAACUUAUUCUUUGCCAAUCAAGUUUUCGAAAAACUUACUGUUCACUCUGACGACGAAGAUUUCACCAUCGCGUUCAAAGCGGCCUAUAAAGCUCUUGAAAAGAUCGAAAAAAAAAUGCAGUGGAUUUCCACUUACGGUCCCGAUUCUUUGAAGUAUAAGCAGUACAUGCCCGAGUUUUUGGAAGAAGCUGAUGCUGUCGAAGCCAUGAUAAAUAAAGGCCAAAGAUUGAAAAAUAUUAAGAAGUAUGGAGACAUUGACGAGGAGGAGAACGAAGAAGGUGAAGAAGAAAGAGAAAAAGAAGAAUUUUUUGAUGUACGAGGCGUUGAAGAAGAAGAAGAAGAAUUUUUUGAUGAACGAGACGUUGAAGAAGAAAUUGAACAAGUUGAAGAAGCACAAGAAGAAUAUUACAAUGCCGAACAGUUUGAAGACGGAGUAAAGCAGCAUUACUUUGACGAUAUCGAUGAUGAUGAAGAAGAAGAAGAAGAAGACGAAGAAGGAAUGCCCGAGAAGAUCCAUUACUUUGCCGGAGAAGACGAUGACGAAGAAUAUGAAAAAGUGCAUGGUGCCAACGAUGACCAACAACAACAACAACAACAGCAACAGGAGCUGCGAGCCUUCGGUGUCGAUGUCCUCGACGAUCCAGAAGAAGUUGAGAACGAUGAAGAAGUCGAUGACCCAAUGGACAUCGACACCGAAGAGGAAAUGAUCGACUGGAUGGACGUCGACCAUCCCGACGAGCUCAUUGACUGGAUGGAUGUCGACGAUUAG